AUGCAGAUUGCCGUUUUAUAUCUACUAUUGACAUCUUGCAUGAUCCAUAUUUAUGCAAUCACCUCAUCAUCAACAUCAUCUUCCACUGGCGAUCAUAUUAUAGAAUUUGACGAUAAUUCCAUUCAAUCUACAUUAGAACUAGCUGAUUUUUCCUUUAUAUAUUUUUAUUCUGACGUUUGUAAAUAUUGUCGAAAAUUUGAUCCUACAUUUGAAAAUCUAAGUGUAUUAUACAAUCAACCUAAACAGAAAGACACCAUCAAGAAGACAGGUAGCAAUAAUGAGAGAUUAUAUUUUCAAAUUUUGAAAACUAAUGCUAGACAAAAUAAUCGAUUGAGUCAAUUGUUCAAAGUUUCACAAUAUCCCACAUUAAAAUUAUUGAAUUAUAAAACUAAAGAAAUAAUAACUUAUGAUAAUAAGAAUAAUCGAGAUUUACAAUCUAUUAUUAAUUAUUUACAACAAAAUUUAAACAUUGAACCUCAAUUUGAAAAUUUUAAGAGUAAAGUCAAAUAUUAUCAAUCACCCCCCAGUGAUUCUUUUAAACAGGAUCUAGAUUUUUUUGGAAAUGAAAAUGAACUUGAAAAGAAUGACAAAUUAAUAUUCUUCAUUGCUAGUUAUUUACCUGAAUGGUCUGAUUAUCAAUAUCCAGCACAUUUCAUCCAUCAAUUAGCAUUAGAUUAUCCGGACUUAACCAUUAUAAUUGUUGAUUAUGAAAAAUUGAAUGAUUAUGGUGUAUUAUCCAAAUAUGAAAUCAACAGUUUCCCCAGUGUCAUGUAUUUGAAAAACAAUGGGGAUUAUAAGAAAUAUCAGUUUAGUAGUCAAUCAAAACGUGAAUUAGAUUAUCAUAAAGUAGAAAAGUUCCUUGACAGUGUUGAUCAGGAUAAUGGGACUUGGGAAAAAGUUAAAGAAAGUCUGAUAGAUACUGAAACAUUGUCACAUCAACAACAAGAAGUAGAUUAUGAAGACGAUGAUGAUUUAGCAUUUGAACACAUUGAAUUAUGA